GGCAUCUAUUCGGGCAAAUCUAGUUGCUAUAACCACAACUGCCUUGCCUACACUCGCAUUUGGCCGGCUAGCCUUAGCGCAACCCAAUUCGAGGGAAGGUAUGUAUAUCGGAUCAGCUCGGCCGAGCGAACAGUCAGUCAGGCAAGACACAGGCAAAGCUUGAGACGGUUCACACCGCUUGAAAGUGGCUCGUGUCGUCGCGACGUUGCACUUGGCCGCGAGUUCACCGGCCCAACUGGUCCGUCUGCACCGGGUCUAUCGCCAGCCCCCGGCCAGACACAGCCUAGAACGAUCCGCCAGUCCGGUUGGCACGACGACCGAGGUUGUCGGGGCGAGGUGUUUGCAAUGGGGCGCCGUAGCGCCUUGAAGCGAGUGUGCACCAGACGGCGAUGCCUCUUUUUUUCAGCGUGA